AAUACUCAAGAUAACGAUUAGGGUCGGCAAACUAAUAAUGUCUUAGCAUGGUUGAUUGGUUGCUGGAUACGGGUUCUCGAAGUCGACUCCCUCGGGGUAUGUGGACUCGUUACAUGGAAGGAGAUUCGACCUCCCAUUUUCCGCUCAUUACCCCGAGACAUCGAGGACCCUUCCAGCACGAAGCUAGGAAGUGUGUGUGCAGCAUUGUUUUAGGGAAGGAAAUGCUUGUGCAGAUUGGCUGAUGAGACGUUUCACUCUCGGACUCGGUGUUUUAUCGGCGUGGCUACCCUCACAGGGCGCGGAAUGGACACCUCGAGACCCGAAUUGGGAGGCUUUAAGGAACAACGGGAACAGACGGCGGAAGCACUAAGCUGAUGCAGCCGCCGCCAUCUCCAAGCACAGCCCACAACCACCCCCUCCUGCAGCAACUCCAGAAGCGCCCUAACCUUCCCUCCCUCAAACGCCUCCACGCCUUGCUCAUCACCACCGGCCUCGCCCUCCACACCUUCCCCCUCAGCCAUCUCCUCUCCGCCGCCUCCCUCCUGUCCCCGGCCUACUGCCUCUCCAUCUUCAACCGCAUCCCCUCCCCCACCGUCUUCCUCUUCAACACCCUCAUCUCCUCCUUCGCCACCGCCGCCCGCCCGCCCCACCUGGCCUUCUCCCUCUACCUCCGAAUCCUAGGACAUCAAGCUCGUCCCAACAGUUUCACGUUCCCUUCCCUGUUCAAGCUCUGUGGGUCCCAUCGGCUGUGCGAUCCCGGCCGCGCCCUCCAUGCCCACGUGCUCAAAUUCCUCGACCCUCCUUCCGACCGCUUCGUUCAAGCGUCGCUGGUGAGUUUCUAUGCCAGAAUUGGUCGAGUCGAUGUCGCUCGGGUUCUGUUUGAUCAAAUCGAGGAGCCGGAUUUGGCUUGUUGGAACUCUGUUUUAGCCGCUUACGCCCGUUCCGACAUCGUUAAUCAAUGUCUUGGGAUCACAGAUAUCGUUGCUGGAAAUGCUGCUGAGUUGUCUUCAGAAGCCCUGAUUCUGUUCAUGAAGAUGCAGACGUCCGGAGUGAGACCCAAUGAGAUCACCAUUGUCGCUGUGAUCAGUGCUUGUGCCAAUUUAGGUGCUCUGUUUCAGGGCAAGUGGCUUCACAAAUACAUACUGACGAACAAUCUCGAGAUGAAUGUCUUCGUGGCAACUGCCCUCACUGAUAUGUAUGCGAAAUGCGGUUGCUUGGAUCUUGCGCACCAAAUGUUCGAUAAAAUCCCUCAAAGAGACACUUUAUCAUAUAAUGCGAUAAUUGGUGGGCUCGCAAUUCACGGUCAUGGGCGUCUUGCGGUUGAGCUCUUUGAUAAGAUGAAGCAAGAGGGUUUGAUUCCCGACGAUGCUACCUUUGUGGUUACGUUGUGCGCUUGCUCGCAUGUUGGGCUGGUCGAGGAGGGCAAAAGGGUAUUUUGGUCCAUGAAGGAGGUCUACGGGGUUGAGCCUAAACUGGAGCACUAUGGAUGCUUAGUGGACCUUCUUGGUCGUUGUGGACAGCUUGAGGAGGCGUUGGAAAUAGUCCAGUCCAUGCUUGUGAAGUCAAACGCGGUCCUCUGGCGGUCCCUUCUUGGGGCUGCAAGAGUUCACGGCAAUCUGGAGAUUGGCAAAGUUGCACUAAAGAGCCUGUUGGAAUUGGAGCCCGAGACUAGCGGGCACUAUGUGUUAUUGUCGAACAUAUAUGCAAAUAACAAUAGGUGGGACGAUGUGAAUAAAGUGAGGAGAUUGAUGAAACAACAUGGGGUCAACAAAAUGCCCGGGAUUAGCCUAGUCGAGGUCAACGGAGCUAUGCACGAGUUCCUCACUGGGGACAGAACACACCCAAACUCGGUAGACAUUUACUUCAAGCUCGAAGAGGUGAAUACUAGGUUACAGGAACAGGGCCACAGGGCGAGAACAAGAGAUGUUCUGUUUGAGAUAGAGGAGGAAGAGAAGGAAGAUGCUCUAUCCUAUCACAGUGAAAGGCUCGCGAUUGCCUUUGCUUUGAUUGCCACAGAUUCCGGGGUCCCUAUCAGGAUCAUAAAGAACCUCAGGGUGUGUGAAGAUUGUCAUGCGGUUACUAAGCUCAUCUCGACCAUAUAUGAUAGAGAGAUUAUAGUUAGGGAUAGGAUUAGGUUUCAUCAUUUUAAGGGUGGGACAUGUUCUUGUUCGGAUUAUUGGUAACUUGUUUCUACUGCAGGAGAUUUUCCUGCUUUUCGAAAUUAUUGUGUAUGCCACUUAUACGAUGAUUAAUUUGUGGAUAGAACUAACA